UUCAUCAGUUACAUGGAAGGAAGAAAUCAAACUCAUGUUACAGAAUUUAUCCUCCUGGGACUCUCAGACCAGGGGGAACAGCAGUCUCUGCUCUUUUGGCCGUUCCUGUCCAUGUACCUGGUCACCUUCACUGGGAACCUGCUCAUGGUUCUGGCCAUUAUCACGGACUCCCACCUCCACACGCCCAUGUACUUCUUCCUCUCCAACCUGUCCUUUUCAGACAUCUGUUUCACCUCCACCACCAUCCCAAAGAUGCUGCUGAACAUCCAGACGCAGAGCAGAGCGAUCUCCUAUGAAGGGUGCCUCAGUCAGAUGUACUUUUUCAUGCUUUUUGGAGGAUUAGACCACUUCCUCUUGACAGUGAUGGCCUAUGACCGGUUCAUGGCCAUCUGUCACCCAUUGCACUACAUGGUCAUCAUGAACCCCAAGUUCUGUGGCAUCCUGCUCCUGGGAUCCUGGAUACUGAGUGUUCUUGAUUCUCUAUUACAUGAGUUACUGAUUUUGCGACUCUCUUUUUGCACAAAGCUUGAAAUCCUUCACUUUUUCUGUGAACUUAAGCAGGUGAUCCAACUUGCUUGCUCUGAUAGGUUCCUCAAUGACCUGGCAGUGUAUUUGGUAAGUGGACUUCUGGGUGUUGUUCCACUCACUGGUAUCCUGUUCUCUUACUCUAGAAUUGUCACUUCCAUUUUGAGAAUUUCAUCAGUGAGGGUCAAGUAUAAAGCAUUUUCCACGUGUGGGUCUCACCUCUCAGUGGUCUCUUUGUUCUAUGCUACAGGCCUUGGGGUGUAUCUGAGUUCUGCUGCUGCACAAAACUCCAGGGCAAGUGCCAUAGCCUCAGUCAUGUACACGGUGGUGACGCCCAUGCUGAACCCCUUCAUCUAUGGUCUGAGGAACAGAGACAUCAAGCAAGCCCUGGGAAAACUCUUUAGCAGAGGGUCGGUCUCUGCAUAUAGGAUUCUUUGUUUUAAGAUAAAGUUAUGAAUAACAGGGCUUAAGACCCUAGAAGACCUAGAUCAUGUUAUUUAACUCAAUUCAGAGACUGACAAUCUGCAGUUUAUCUUUCUACAGUAUUCAGUUGCUAAAAGUUUUUCAUACACUAUAAGCAACAUUUCUUCUGAAAUUUUUAAAAGUUUAUUUAUUUAUUUCGAGAGAGAGGGAGCAAGAGCGUGUGGGAGGAGCAGAUACAGAUUGAAGAUAUAUCCUAUACUGUGUCCAUAUUGUCAGCGCAGAACCUGAA